GGCAGCUCGUUCUCUCCCCUUAGCGUGAGUAUGAAGAGGAGAUCUGACCCAGAAUGCACUGCUCCCAUCAAGAAGCAGAAGAAAAGAGUUGCAGAGCUUGCCCUGAGCCUCAGCUCUACAUCUGAUGACGAACCUCCCUCCUCUGUUAAUCAUGCAGCAAAAGUAUCUACCACAAGCCUAAGUGGUUCAGACAGCGAAACUGAGGGGAAGCAGCACAGCUCUGACUCUUUUGAUGAUGCAUUCAAACCAGACUCUCUUGUGGAAGGAACGUCCUCUCGCUAUUCCAUGUAUAAUAGUGUCUCCCAGAAGCUCAUGGCCAAGAUGGGCUUCAAGGAAGGUGAAGGAUUGGGGAAAUACAGCCAGGGUCGCAAGGACAUUGUUGAGGCCUCUAAUCAGAAAGGUCGAAGAGGUUUGGGUCUGACACUGCGUGGCUUUGACCAAGAGCUGAAUGUGGACUGGAGAGAUGAACCCGAGCCCAGCGCCUGUGAACAGGUGUCCUGGUUCCCAAAAUGUACCACUGAAAUUCCUGACACCCAAGAAAUGAGUGAUUGGAUGGUUGUGGGAAAGAAAAAGAUGAUGAUUGAAGAUGAAACAGAGUUUUGUGGCGAAGAACUGCUUCACGGUGUGUUGCAGUGUAAGAGUGUGUUUGAUGUCCUGGAUGGGGAGGAGAUGCGGCGAGCCCGGACCCGGGCCAAUCCCUACGAGAUGAUCCGGGGAGUCUUCUUCCUGAACAGGGCAGCAAUGAAGAUGGCUAACAUGGAUUUUGUGUUUGAUCGCAUGUUUACAAAUCCUCGGGACUCCUGCGGGAAGCCACUGGUGAAGGACCGGGGUGCAGAGCUCCUGUACUUUGCUGAUGUGUGUGCAGGCCCAGGGGGCUUCUCAGAGUAUGUGCUGUGGAGGAAGAAGUGGCAUGCCAAGGGCUUUGGCAUGACUUUGAAGGGCCCUAAUGAUUUCAAGCUGGAAGACUUCUACUCAGCCUCCAGUGAGCUCUUCGAACCAUACUAUGGUGAAGGUGGGAUUGACGGAGAUGGAGACAUCACCCGCCCAGAGAACAUCGCUGCCUUUCGGAAUUUUGUCCUGGAUAACACAGAUCGCAAGGGGGUCCACUUUCUGAUGGCUGAUGGGGGUUUCUCAGUGGAAGGACAGGAGAAUCUGCAGGAGAUCCUCAGCAAGCAACUGCUACUGUGUCAGUUCCUCACGGCACUGUCCAUUGUCCGGACAGGAGGCCACUUCAUCUGUAAAACUUUUGACUUGUUCACCCCAUUCAGUGUGGGACUCAUCUACCUUCUGUACUGCUGCUUUGAGCGAGUAUGUCUCUUUAAGCCAAUUACCAGCCGACCAGCCAACUCGGAGAGGUAUGUGGUGUGCAAGGGUCUGAAGGUAGGCAUAGAUGACGUGCGGGAAUACCUCUUCUCAGUGAAUAUGAAACUCAACCAGCUACGGAACACAGAUUCUGAUGUCAACCUUGUAGUCCCCUUGGAAGUGAUCAAGGGAGACCAGGAGUUUACUGACUACAUGAUACGAUCCAAUGAAAGCCAUUGCAGUGUGCAGAUCAAAGCUCUGGCCAAAAUUCAUGCUUUUGUUCAAGACACGACUCUGAGUGAGCCCCGGCAGGCAGAGAUCCGGAAAGAGUGCCUGCGACUCUGGGGGAUCCCUGACCAAGCACGGGUUGCUCCUUCUUCCUCAGACCCAAAAUCCAAGUUCUUUGAGCUAAUCCAGGGCACCGAGAUUGACAUCUUUAGCUACAAGCCCACACUGCUCACCUUCAAAACCCUGGAGAAGAUCCGCCCAGUCCUUGACUACCGUUGCAUGGUUUCUGGCAGCGAGCAGAAAUUCCUUCUCUGCCUGGGGAAGUCCCAGAUCUACACAUGGGAUGGCCGUCAAUCAGACCGCUGGGUCAAGCUGGACCUGAAGACAGAGCUACCCCGGGACACUCUGCUCUCUGUGGAGAUUGUACAUGAGCUGAAAGGAGAGGGGAAGGCGCAGCGGAAGAUUAGUGCCAUCCACAUCCUUGAUGUCCUUGUCCUGAAUGGCAGCGAUGUGAGAGAGCAGCACUUCAACCAGCGAAUUCAGCUCGCAGAGAAGUUUGUGAAAGCUGUUUCCAAGCCCAGUCGGCCUGACAUGAAUCCCAUUAGGGUAAAGGAGGUGUACAGGCUGGAGGAGAUGGAGAAGAUUUUUGUCAGAUUAGAGAUGAAGAUCAUCAAGGGCUCGAGAGGCACGCCCAAGCUCAGCUACACAGGGCGGGAUGACCGGCACUUUGUUCCCACGGGCCUCUACAUCGUCAGGACAGUGAAUGAGCCAUGGACUAUGGCAUUCAGCAAAAACUUUAAGAGAAAGUUCUUCUACAAUAAGAAAACCAGGAUCUCUACAUAUGAAUUGCCUGCAGACUCCAUUGCCCCAUUUCACAUCUGCUACUAUAGCCGGCUCUUCUGGGAAUGGGGAGAUGGCAUCCGAGUGCAUGACUCCCAGAAGCCGCAGGAUCCACACAAGCUGUCCAAGGAGGAUGUCCUUUCCUUCAUCCAGACGCACAGUGCCUGA